AGUAUAUCAUGGACUACUAAAUGAAACGUUUCAAUAAAAUAAUAAUUAACUAAAUUUUAUUUUGAUAAAUAUACAGAAUGAUAAAAAAAGAAAAUUAUUUUUUAAUUUUUUCUUUAUUAUUUGUAAGAACUGUAUCGGUUUCUUCAUUUGGAUAUUCAAAACGUCAACAACAUAUGUGGUCUCAAGAAUUUAAAAAAUGUGAUGGUAAUUUACAAUCACCAAUAGCUUUAUCAACAAAAAAAUCAGUGCGAUUACCAUUGCCAGCACUUGAAAUGAAUGGCUAUCAUGAUUUUUUAUUUCAACCAUUGUCAUUAAAAAAUAAUGGUCAUUCUGUAUCAUUAAAUUUUGAAAAGAAUAAGAUAAAAAAUAAAAGAUCACCUUUUAUAUUUGGUGGGUUAUUAAAUAUUAAUCAGGAGUAUGAAUUAGAAGGACUUCAUUUUCAUUGGGGACGAAAAAAUGAUCGAGGAUCAGAGCACAGUCUAAAUGGAGUAAGAUAUCCAAUGGAAAUGCAUAUUAUUCACCGAAACAUGGCAUAUCCUAAAAUGGAAAAUGCAAUGGUCAAUGUCGAUGGCCUAGCUGUUCUUGGAAUAUUUUUUCAAUUACAGGAUAAUGAUAAUGAAAAUUUAAAACCAUUGUCACAAAAUUUACCAUCAAUACGUUGGAUUGAUAAUCAAAUUAGUUUGAAUACUUCAAUAACAUUGAGCUCAUUGUUACCCAAUGACAUUGACACUUUUUAUACAUAUCGUGGAUCAUUAACAACACCUCCAUGUAGUGAAGCUGUUACUUGGAUAAUAUUUUCAACACCAGUUCCAAUAUCUUUUAGACAAAUGAAUCAAUUUAGAAUUUUAUCAAAUGGUGAAGAUAUUCUUGCUGAUAAUUAUCGAAAACUUCAAAAACUUGGAAAACGAAAAGUUUAUUUACGAAAAUUAAUUCAAAAUUAUUCGAGUUAUUAUAAUCAAUUUGACGUUAAUGUAACAAGUCUCGAUUGGUAUUGGCAAUGA